AACUUAAAUUAAAGAGGCAAAGACCGAAAACGAGACCAUUACCAGAACGGAGCUCUAAAAUCCUCUAAAAUCCCCAUCGCGCAGCCAAUAUGUCAGAUGAGCACAUCGCUCGUCAGACAGCGUCAAGCCUCGAUAGGCUUGAGAAUUUCAACUUUCUACUCUCCCGACACGAUCCUGCUCUGGCGAAGAGUCGACAUUACUCUUUUGAUGCAGACUCAGCCGGCUUGGCUACCUUUCAGAACCUGAGUAUGGAGUAUGACCAGACCGAGGGAAUGGGCGGGCUUUCCGUCAGUUCCUACGAUAGCAUCGAGGAUGAACGGAAUCCGAUCGAUGUGAGAGGGUAUCCCUAUCAUAGUAAGUCUGAACUCUUAUGACUCUCAUUGUUGCAUCGUUUGCGCCAUUUUCUUGAUCCCUGGUUCGUGUCCUAAAUUUUGUGACCAUUCGGCAUUGGGUGAAAAUGAUAGAGUGCUGAAUUGCAC